CUAUAUUGUCUUAGGACUUGUGGCUGUUUUUAUGUAUUUUGGUGGUAAAAAGAAUAGACAACUGAAAGGGAAAGUUAUUAAAGGACCCAAAGGUUUGCCGUUUCUGGGUAACAUUUUGGAAAUAAACGAGCGGAAUAUGUUGUACAAGUUCAUGGAUUACGCCUUGCAGUUUGGGAGCAUAUUUCGUGUUAAUAUGUUAAUUCAUGACGUAGUCGUUUUAAACAACGAGGAACUUAUUCGGAAAGCAUUUGGCGGAGAGAAACACAAAACGUCGUUUAAUGACCGAAUGGAAAUGUUUUACGCCCAAAAAUUUCGAAAUCCCGACAUGUCUGUACCGUUUGUACGCAAUGGAGCUAGCCGUCAUUAUAAAGUUACAAGGAAAAUGUUUACACAAACGUUACAUGCUUAUGGAAGUGGGCUUAAAGAACUUGAAAAAAAUGUCAUGAAAGAAAUAGAAAGCCUUAUACAAAGAGUAAACGAUACCCCCGGGAAAGAGUUUGAAUGUGUGGCAUUAUUUCAACGAUCACUUUCUAAUGUGAUUUCAUUACUGCUGACUGGCGACACUGUACCCAAUUCAGACCAAGACUACCAAUUGUUCUGGGAGUACAUCAACAGCAGUGACAUAUUUUUGAACCCACGUACAAAUUUUACAAUGAUAACAUUUCCAUUUUUACGUUUCCUACCUGGAUGGUACAGGGACAAGUUUCAAGAAGCGAAAAGGGCCCUUGAAAAAAUUGUUCAGAAAUACUUCUAUGACUAUAAGAAAACUUAUGUUCCGGGUGAAGAAAGGGGUAUUGUAGAUCAUUACUUGGAAGCACAGAGGAAAGAAACAGAGCUAGGCAAUAAGUUUCCAGAUGAUAUGAUCAUUGCGGCGGUUGUAGAUACUAUUCAUGCAGGUACGACCACGACUUUAUCAGCGCUUUCAAAUACCAUGUUGGUCUUGCUAAACAACCCUCAGUACCAAACCAAGUUACAACAGGAGUUUGAUAAUGUGAUAGGUCGUGAAAGAGCACCCACGUAUAGUGAUCGUGAAAAAUGCACAUUUUUUAAAGCCUUCGAGAUGGAGAUAUUACGUUAUAUACCUGUGGCUCCUUUGCUGCUACCGCAUGUGUGUAGAGACCAGGUAGAGUUGGAAGGCUUUGGCAUUGCGGAAGGUACUGUGGUAUUUGGGAACGUCUGGUUUGUUCACCAUAAUAAGGAAAUCUGGGGAGAUCCAUGGACCUUCAGGCCUGAACGAUUCUUGGAUGAGCAUGGAAAUUUGCUGUCAAUAGAACAUAAACUCAGGAGAAACCUUCUUGCAUUCGGGUACGGCUUACGUCAUUGUCCCGGAGAGGUGUUUGCCAGAACUCGCUACUUCCUCUACAUCUCCAGCCUAUUACAACGCUGGAGCUUUGAAUUUUUGGAGGGCAAAGGCAGACCUUGUGACCCGAGAUUAUCAGAGAACUUUGUUAUCAAAGAAAUAAUGAGAGCUCUUCCAUUUCGCUGUCGUGUUCGUGAACGUCGUUAAUGAUUUUUGAAAAUUUUAUAAGGGAUGUUUUGAAGAAAAAAACUACUAUAAGUAAAAGGAAUACACAAAUUAGAUUAUAGUACACUUGAUACGAUACAUGUGAUAUCAUUAAUAGUCCCUCGUAAUAGUGCUGCCGACAACAAGUUUGAGUAUACUGGAAUACAUUGUGCGGGAUGGUCGGUUAUUUAGUCCUAAAGUGUGAAGAAAAAUCAUGUGCUAUAUGUCACCAAUUAAAAGUCAAAUUUAACCUUAUAUGCUAUCAAUUAUCCGAUUAAUAAAUUCAGUAUUCAGCCCGAUGAAAAUUUAAAAAACCAUGAGUGUUUCGGAUGUAAACAUGAUUUGCAUGUCAGAGUCAGUUUUUGGACAGAAUUUAUCUUUCUUUUCCCAUCCCAUACAGAGAGAGGGCAAAAGUUAAUAAACUUUUAUUUUCAUAAAACGUCAAAAAUGUAUAAGGAUACGAAUCGAAAAUAUAUAUAUAAAAU